UCUGCAUCAAAGUGCCCAUCGACCUGGAGCUUAUGAUCUCUCUUCUGUAGCUCUUCUCCAUCGAUCGCAUUUACUGUGUAUAACUCUUUAGCAGCAGAAUCUUCUCCUUUACCUGAAAGAUUCAAUCUAGUAUUGAGCAGCAGACAAUGACACAAAUGACAGCGUUCAUUGCUUACGCAAUCCUAUUCACGUAUGUGUUAACCGUGAAAGCAGAGCUCAUGGAUUCCCCUGCUCUCAAAGUAUCUAGCACGGCCAGGUUGAGGGGGAGGAAUCUACUGAAUGCUACGCCAGCACAAAACACUUGCAAGUUCAACUCGACAAUAUGCAGUGAGCCAAACUCUGCUGGUCCGAAGUGUUGUGAUGAGGUCUGCGUCGACACGUCCAGCGAUGAGAAUAACUGCGGCUCUUGUGGCAGGGAUUGCAGUUUCGGAAAAACUUGUUGUGAUGGUGAUUGUAUCGAUCUACAAACAGAUGAAGACAACUGUGGAAGAUGUGGACUGAAAUGCCCCAAGACUAUCUCGAUUAACAACCUCAACGGAAAGUGUGAGAAUGGUCUCUGUGACUACAACUGACGAUACCGAUCAUGAACUAUCUGACAUCUAAUCUUUCUGCAUAGCUCUGGUCCUGCCAAAGCUGAAACAUACUUUGAGCUUUGAGUUGCCAAAGUUGGGCUGAUAUGUAUGUUUUAUAUCUACAUGUGAUGUCUACGCCAUUUUCUGAGAAGUUUGUUGUCUUCGAGUUGGAUCCACCCGUCCAAUUUACGUACAUCUAGAUUAUACAGUUCUAUGCUAUAUAUGAAUGCGGCCCGAAUUAUAAACAGGUAGAUUACAUCAGUAGCUAUGUAGUAGGGACCAAUUGAAGAUAGUAUGCUAGAUUCAGGCCUUUUGAAGGCUGAGCCCUGUAUUUCCCGUAUCGAGUAAACUCAAUGAAAUUUC